AUGAGGGCCCGUUGGCCCUCGCCCGAAGACACGCAUAUAAGCAUGUUCUUAAGGGUUUUUGGUCAUGCCAGUACGAUCGAUGCCUUGUUCAUAUACAGGGUAGGAAGCAGACCCGACAAAACGCCUCAGUCCAUUACAAGACACUUUCAAGGAGGGGAACACAAACCUCUGGAGAUCUCAAUUGCGCUCUUUGCUAGGAAUAUUGAAGCCGAGCUCGUUGAAAUCGAGAACUCUGAGGAUGAAGAACCCACUACGGAGUCGGCAGCUGCGUGGCUGACCAGUCCGCUAAAGGACCAAAACAGUCUCAGAAAAGGGCCGGAAGGGGUCCUCGACGGACUAGUGCUUGGUACGCAGGUGUGUCCAAACAGCGAGAUAAUCUCACUCGAGAGAGGCGUUCUUUGGAGAAGGAAUGAGAGCUCGGGGCAGCGUAUUGGGCUUAGCUGCCGCUGCGCACCCUGUAAAGCGCGGUACAAUUUCAACAAUUUUCUAAGGUCUCAUGUUCUGGAAGCAGAUGCCGGUCAGACAAUGUGCAGCAAUAAGGGCUGCUUCAAGUCUGUGUGGGAGGGCACAAAAUUUUGCCACAGCCACUUUCUUAUGUGGACGCCAGACCUGAUCGGCCAGGACAAAACUGCAAUGAACGAGCUUCUGAGUUUGUUCGAGAAAGCGACCUCCGAGCAGUGGCGCCCUAAGACAGAGUUCAUGGCCGAAAUCAUCAAGAGGAUGGAAUCAAAGGGUAAUAUCCCGGCUUCCGAGGUCGUGAAUAUCGACCUGGCAUUUGGUGUGCGUUCCCGGGAGGUGCUCCAAAUUGGCCUCGCUGAUCUCCGAGGGAACGGAGUACUCGAUUGUCUCACUAGAUAUAGUGAGGGAAUCAUCGCGCCUUCUUCAUCGCGCCUCGCUACACCGGCAACUCGGCCGCUAAUGAACCAUGAAAGGAACGUCAGACGCUUCUCAACCCAAAAUGGAUCCCUUAAUGCAAAGGAGAUCGUCGGAAAGCUCCAAGAAAUCGGGAUUUCCAACGAACCCAUUUUCUUGUCUUUGGCGAAUUGGGGCUUCGACCUGUCUUAUUUGAGAGACUGGCUGGAGGAAGAAGGCUUUUACGAUGUUCUCCCCGGGGAUGAGAAUCUCUGUUUGCUUCUGCAAGAGCUCCGUAAUAACGUGAGGAGGGUGCUUGGUCGCAGCUGCUUCCGAGGCGGGCGCUUUCCUUUAUCCCUAUCUGUGGUGUUUCUGCUGCUUUUUGGAGAAAGCCAUCCUCUCUCGGGGCGCAACCACCAUGCACUGGUGGACGCCCAGCAAUUGGUGCUGAUAGCGCAGGUAUUCAACGACCUUUGUAAACCAACAAACCCCCCCAAAACGAGCGGGUUUACUGGCGACGCUCGUUAA